UUUUGCCUGGCUCCUCAAGCCAGCCAGGCGGCGAUAGGAAGUGGGCACGACCCGCUCAUUCUCCUAUUUAGCUCCUCCCACACACGUACAUUGGCCAUGGUCGCGCCCGGGACUGCCACGUGUCAAGUCUGCUUUGACGAAGCCGACGCCGUCGUCACACAGAUCUGCCGCACCGCCUGUCCCGCGGUCCUCUGCACGUCGUGCAUCGAAGCCUUCCUCAACGUCCAGGCCGAGUCGGCGCUCUACGGCGUGCUCACCAAGCUCAAGUGCCCGAUCUGCAUUCGGCCCACCAACAUGGUUCGCUGGCGCGAGCGGCUAGGGAAGGCUGCUAACCUCCUUGGACCGUUCGAAUCAAAGGUGCUAUCGGCGUGCGACGUCAAGUGCCCCAACUGCCACAACAACAACUCGAUGCUGCCAGCACGGCGCGACUCGGUCCGGCCGCUCAAACUGCCGACGCACCUCGCACAACAGAUUCCGGAGCUCCAGACGCGCUGCGGCCAGUACUGCCGUCACCGCCACUCGGCCGACGCACUUUACAACUACGUCCGCGCAACGUUUCCGGGCCACGACGAUGCCAUUCUGAACGCAAUGUUGCCGCUCAUCCACGACGUCGAACGCCGCGCGACGCUCUUCCUUCGCUGGCGCCGCGACGCACCGUUCAUUCAGUCGCCGUGCUGCAAAGCCGACUUGUGCUUUGCGUGCAAGGUCGGCGGGCACCACUUGGGGCAGCCGUGCGCGCCGGUCGAGGCCAUCGACGACAUUGCGCAGUGUCCUGGCUGCAAGCUGCACCUCGUCAAGGGCGACGGCUGCGACUCAAUGAACUGCUUUUGCGGCAUGUACUUUUCGUGGUCCUCGGAGCGCAUGGCUUUUCAGUUCCAGUGCGUGCGGCCCGAAGUCCUCUCCAAGCUGCGGAUCCUCGUGCGCCGGCACAAGCCGCGUCUCUGCUGGUCUGUCAUCCAGCGGCACCUGCCGGCCAGCGAGGGCUUCUACCGCCUGCACUUGGCCGAACACGAGCGUUAUGCCUCGGGCAAUACGCUCGCGCCGUGGCUUGGUACCAACGGCAUUGAGCUCGGCAUGUCGAUCGAGUCUCUCGCCGCGCUCAAGCCCGACUUGUGGAGCGCCGACGGGCUCUUUGAUGGCGCGCCGGUCGCCCCGGAAGUCACCAACUAUAGUUGCCGAUACAUCUGGAUCAACUUUGACAAAGUGGCCGACCUCUUUCCGAGCCUGCCGCCGAAGGCAACGUACGACUGCGGGAGCUACGUAUGCUUUAUGUUUGACACAACCAACGCCCUCCGCCUCCUCUCGCUGCGCUUCUACCCGCUGUACAUGCACCGGUGGAAGAAGCCCGACUACGCCCCGCUCCUUGCGUACUUUUCAACGCUGCUUGGUGGCCCCGGCCGCCAAGAAGACACGCUCGUCGACCAUGCGCAUACGGUCGUGUCGGUCCAGGACGUGAAUGGGACGCCGCACGUCGAGUUUGUGGACGCGCGGGCGCCACCCGAGAUCAAAGACCGCUCGUUCACGCCGUACCUCAAGGACCAGCGUCUUCGCGACGUGAUUCUGCCAGCGUGCAAGCGGUUGGACGUGCGCCGGGCCAUGCGUGCGGUCCAGCGCCAUCUUCGGACGGCCGUGUGGAAGCGCAAGUGGGGCUACGUCAUGGCCGAGAUCGAGGCAGCAGAUGUCACAGCGCGCGCCAAGGCGUUCUGGGCCAACUACUGGGCGACGCUGCCCGCCAGCGACAAAUAUGCACUCGAUGACGACAUGAACAGUAUUUUUGCGAUCGGUUUGGACGAAUAAACUACUAUUUUGUGUGUUU